AUGGCCCCAUACAAAAAGGACGAGGACGAUGCGGGCAUUGUCAAGGUGGACAGGACCUCCGUCUUCCAGGAAGCCCGAGUGUUCAACACCUCCCCCAUCUCCCCCCGAAGAUGUCGCAUCCUCCUCACCAAAAUCGCGCUCCUCCUAUCGACCGGCGAGAAGUUCCCGACCAACGAGGCCACCACGCUCUUCUUUGGCAUCUCGAAGUUGUUCCAGAACAAGGAUGCCUCCCUCCGACAGAUGGUGUACUUGGUCAUUAAAGAGCUGUCGCAGACUGCCGAGGAUGUCAUUAUGGUCACGAGCAGUAUCAUGAAGGACACGGCAGUGGGAAGUGAUGUCGUAUACAGGGCCAACGCCAUUCGUGCACUGUGCAGAAUCAUAGAUGCCUCGACUGUGCAAGCGAUUGAGCGAAACAUCAAGACCGCCAUCGUUGACAAGACACCAUCCGUUUCCUCGGCAGCAUUGGUAUCCUCGUACCACCUCCUCCCAAUCGCGAGAGACAUUGUUCGAAGAUGGCAGAGCGAAACACAAGAGGCAGCUUCUUCAGCCAAAUCGUCGGGCGGAUUCAUGGGCUUUGGUGGGUCGUCGCAACAGCUACACGCCGCGAACACGAACUACAUGACACAGUACCAUGCGAUUGGUCUCCUCUACCAAAUGCGCUCGCACGACAGAAUGGCUUUGGUCAAGAUGGUGCAACAGUACAGCGCUCCGGGUGUCGUCAAGUCGCCAGCUGCUAGAGUCAUGCUCGUGAGAUUGGCCGCGAAACUUGCCGAGGACGAGCAGAGCUCAAGGAAACCAAUGAUGAAGCUGUUGGACGAGUGGCUGCGGGAUAAGAGCGAGAUGGUCAACUUCGAGGCUGCAAAGGCCAUUGGAGACAUGCCGCAUCUUACGGACCAGGAAGCCAACCAAGCGAUCCACGUGUUGCAGCUGUUCUUGACCUCGCCACGAGCAGUCACCAAGUUCGCUGCAAUUCGCAUCCUCCACCAAUUCGCAUCCUUCAAGCCAGACGCUGUCCGACAGUGUAACCAGGAUAUCGAAUCGCUCAUCUCGAACUCGAACCGAUCCAUUGCCACCUUUGCCAUCACCACAUUGCUCAAGACUGGCAACGAGGCUUCAGUGGAUCGUCUCAUGACACAGAUCAGCACUUUCAUGUCAGAGAUUACGGAUGAGUUCAAGGUCACGAUUGUCGAGGCCAUUCGCACAUUGUGCUUGAAGUUUCCAUCGAAGCAGGCUCGCAUGCUACAGUUCCUGUCUGGCAUCUUGCGUGACGAAGGCGGCUAUGACUUCAAGCGCAGUGUUGUGGAGAGCAUGUUUGAUCUGAUCAAGUUCGUUCCGGAGAGCAAAGAGGAAGCUCUUGCACAUCUCUGCGAGUUCAUUGAGGACUGUGAGUUCACUAAGCUUGCAGUGCGGAUUUUGCACUUGCUCGGACUGGAGGGACCAAGGACUGCACAGCCAACGAAGUACAUCCGAUACAUCUACAACCGUGUUGUGCUGGAGAACGCUAUCGUAAGAGCAGCUGCUGUCACCGCGCUGGCCAAGUUCGGCGUUGGCCAGAAGGAUCCAGAGGUGAAGCAGAGUGUCCAUGUCCUGCUCAAACGAUGCUUGGACGACAUCGAUGAUGAAGUUCGCGACCGUGCAGCACUCAACCUUCGUCUCAUGAAGGAGCAGGAUGACGAAGUUGCUGCACGUUUCGUGCGAAAUGACUCCAUGUUCUCACUUCCUGUCCUCGAGGAUCAGCUCGCGCACUACGUCAAUGGUGGCAGCGCUGAGGCUUUCGCCAACCCAUUCGACUUCUCCAACGUCCCAGUCGUCAGUCGCGAGCAGUCACUCGCUGAAGACCGCACGAAGAAGCUCACGACUGCCACACCUACUCUCAAAGCACCCACUGUUGGACCCAAGAAGACCGACGCAUCUGCUGCCGAAGCUGCUGCGACCGCGACCGCCGUGACACAGAAGUACGCCCAGCAACUUCAAGCGAUCCCAGAGUUCUCAUCGUACGGCCCAGUGCUGAAGAGCAGCCCUGUCAUCGACCUUACCGAGAGAGAAACCGAAUACGUCGUUUCUGCGGUCAAGCACUUAUUCAAGGAGCAUGUUGUGCUUCAGUACGACAUCAAGAACACUUUGCCAGACUAUGUCCUCAGCGACGUUACCGUCAUCUCAAAUCCUGCUCCUGGGGAAGAAGGCGAGGAGUCCGCACUGGAGGACGACGGCUUCAUCAUUCCUGUGCCACUCUUAAAGGCGGACGAGCCCGGCACAGUCUACACCUCUUUUUCGAGGCCGGCUGAUUCCUUCGUGCCAGCAUCUUUCACAAACGUGCUGAAGUUCACACUGAAGGAGAUUGACCCCACAACAUCAGAGCCUGAAGAAGGUGGCUAUGACGAUGAAUACCAAGUCGAAGAUCUGGAGCUUACGGGUGCCGACUACGUCCUGCCCGCCUUUGCUGGCAGCUUUGACAACAUCUGGCAAGGGCUGCCAUCAGCAGAUGAAGCUAGUGAGACAUUGCAGCUUGAAAGCAUUAAGAGCAUAUCCGAUGCUGUUGAAUCGCUGGUGAAGACUUUGGGCAUGCAACCACUGGAAGGUACCGAUGUCGCACUUUCCACUUCAACGCAUACCUUGAGAUUAUACGGCAAGUCGGUCACUGGCGGAAAGGUCGCUGCCACGGUCCGCAUGGCUUUCUCUGCUAGGGCUGGAGUCACUGUGCAGAUCAAAGCGAGAAGUGAAGAAGAUGGCCUGGCUGCGCUUGUGGUCGGUGGCGUAGCAUAG